CUCGUGUUUUCGGAGGUUUUUUCUUUCGUGCGAUCACGGAUUGUCGUAUUUUUUGCUGGUAAAGUGUUGCUUAAACGUUCGAGAUGUACGUAAUUCGUUGCGCGAGUGUCCCCGCAUUGUAAUUUCGGUGGAAUUGAACGUGAUUUGGACUAGCAGAGUAUUUCGAAAGCUUUGUGCUGGCAGCAGAUUUAGUGGUAGUGGUUGCACCCCCAUUAGCUCGAUAGCGAGUGGAGGAUUGUGCGAUUGUUUGCGUGCGCUUGCCGCCGUCAUUUUCACUGUGGUGUCGUCGUCCCGUCCGUCCGUCGGUCGCUCGAUUCGAUACGAAUACGAUACGUGCACUGCGAAAGAAGACGGCCCAUCUAAACGAACGAACCAGCCACACAAGAAAUAUAGAUCGAGAGCAUAGCGACUUUCAGUGAAGCAAACAUUGAAAUUGAAAUAGCCUUCGAGCGAGCCAGUAAAAUAAUUUGCAAUUGGAGAGAAGCACUGGCAAGCGAAAUUUAUGCAGCACUCUAAAGACUACUGAAGCGCAGCUUAUCGACGGAGGCCAUUCUAACCUGGAGCUUGCUGCUUUUUUUUGUUGCUGAACAAAAUUGAUCUCGAAAAGCAACGUUAGCCAGCUGCUGUUGCUGUUUCCGUGUAGUUUUCAACUAAAAAAAUAUCCACAUAUAAGUUACUAUCGGCGUAAUUUCCUUGCUGUCAAGGAGACGAAGAGGAAACGAAAGAAUUUCCUGUACUGACGAAAAGCUAGGCCGAAACGGAGGCGACGUGAAACACUAUAACAGAAACUGGAAUAAGGAAAAACACAUCCAACUGUGAGGCGGAACUAGCAAACUUUCAAAACAAUGGAAUUGCGCGUUGGUAACAAAUAUCGGCUCGGCCGGAAAAUUGGUUCGGGAUCAUUUGGCGACAUCUACUUGGGCACGAAUAUUUCCACCGGCGAAGAGGUUGCCAUCAAGCUCGAAUGUAUCAAAACGAAACAUCCCCAGCUGCACAUCGAGAGCAAGUUCUACCGGAUGCUGCAGGGUGCCGUGGGUAUUCCGACCAUCAAGUGGUGCGGUUCGGAGGGUGAUUACAACGUGAUGGUGAUGGAACUGCUUGGCCCGUCGCUGGAGGAUUUAUUCAACUUUUGCUCAAGACGUUUCACGCUGAAGACUGUGCUGCUUCUGGCAGAUCAGAUGAUUUCCCGCAUCGAUUUCAUUCACUCGAGAAGUUUCAUCCAUCGAGACAUUAAACCGGACAAUUUCCUGAUGGGUCUAGGAAAGAAGGGAAAUCUUGUGUAUAUUAUCGAUUUUGGGUUGGCGAAAAAGUAUAAGGAUUCCAAAACGAUGGCACACAUCCCGUACCGGGAAAAUAAGAACCUAACCGGUACGGCACGCUACGCCUCGAUCAAUACGCAUUUGGGUAUUGAGCAAAGCCGCAGGGAUGAUCUGGAAUCGCUUGGAUAUGUGCUGAUGUACUUCAAUUUGGGAACGUUGCCGUGGCAAGGUUUGAAAGCGGCCAAUAAGCGCCAGAAAUACGAAAGGAUCUCCGAGAAAAAGCUAUCGACGCCGAUAGAAGAGCUUUGCAAAGGUUUUCCGCCAGAGUUUACUUCUUAUUUGUCGUACUGUCGUCAGCUGGAAUUCACUCAGCGUCCAGAUUACUGCUACCUGCGGAAGGUGUUUAGAACGCUGUUUGCCCGGCAAGGUUACUCUUAUGAUUACGUGUUCGACUGGAAUAUGCUGAAAUUUGGAGGAUCUUCUCGUCACAACAACACUAACGAGCGGACCAAGGCCGGAGCGGUCGUUCAAACAAACGAUCCAACCGCAAUCGGUACCAGUAUGGUGGCCACCGGUGGUGGAACGGGAAUGGUUACCACCGUUACCGGAACCACUGCCUCGAUCGCUAAAAAUGAUUCCUGCAAACAGCUCGCCAACCGAUUGGUGCAAAUGAUGGCCCAGGCACGACCCGGAGCGGACGGUCAGCCACUGCCGGUUCCAGGAGCACCCCAGCAACAGCAACCACCCCAGCCCACUCACAACAACAAUGCCGGAAGUGCAAAUCCGGAACCGAUCGCAGCCUUCUCCCGGCACGAUACGCCCGAACGUCGUUCGUCCAUCCGUUUGCGCGGUCAAAACCUAGACUCACGAAACAUUGAAUAAUAUUAAAUCCCUUCUUUAAGUUUUUUUUAUUUACAUAUAUAAAUUUAAUUUUAUAUACGUGCAGGAAUUAGCCUCCCUCCGCUAGUAGAGAGGAGAUGCUACUAAGCUGAGGAAAAAUGCUUGAAGUUGUUGCAAUUUUGACGCUGCAAAAUGUCAAACAAACGAAGCAGCUGCAAGAUAAUUGAUCCUUUUUUGACAUUUUUACUCAAUAGGAAAGGGUCAUCAAAAUAUACAUAGACUAGUUAGAGCAAAAAUUUACACCUAAAGGCAAGUUGGUAAACAUUAUUGAAAUUGAGCGUCGCGUAAAGCAAACCGAUCAUUGUAUGUUUUAAUGCUCACUCGAAUGAAUAACUAAGAUGCUGAUGAAGGAAAGAUAAGAAACACACUAUCGAUAUAAAUAGUUAUCAAUGAAUUAUCAAAACUGAUUCGUUCAAAAACAGCAUAACAAUAUGAUUGUAAACUGAGUGAAAUGGCAAAAUGGAAACAUAAACACAAAGCGUAAGGUAUAUUUGCAUUGAACGCUCCCUCACUUUUACAACAAAAUAAAUGUCACCAACCAGCACACACAGUCAGUCACAUACAUACUUCAUACCUGUAAACAUACACUUUCUUGUACGUAGGUCUAUAAAUACAUACACCCAAAAUAUACAAACCUCCAAGCAGAACGUAAGCUUUGUCAGCCGAUUACAUUAAAAAAAAGCACUCGAUCAACAACUAACGACAUUGUCUUAAGCUGUAACACUACAAAUCCUUUCAUCAGAAAAGAAAAACAACGGGAGGGUGAUAUGAGGUAGAAGAAAAUCAUAUUUCAAGCAUCGAUAGCAUAAUAAAAUGCUUAUUAUGUUUAUCUUCUUCUCUCUUGACCGUCUUGACGAAAAAUUCAAUUUGGCGUAUCAAUCAAAGAAUUGAUUCUUUUUUCACAUUUCAAAUCAGUCCUUUUUAACCAAACCAAACUGGCAGAUCACAAAACAGUACGGCCUAACCUGCAGUUAUUCGGCCGGUUAGAAUCGGACCCAUUAGAGUUUUUGAUUGUUCCUUCGUCUAGUUCCAAAUUUGCAAUGUGAAAAUUUAGAAAUCCAUGACUUUAUUUAUUGUGAACGUAAAAAAUAUCUUUUAAAGAAAAAAAAAUAACCUAAAACGUACCGUACCGACGGCGACGGCGAGUAGGUACGAAUGCGUGUGUGAAUAGAUGAAUGGUAUAAUACAGGUAGGUUCAGCUAGAAAUGUGCUUGGCUUAUUUUCUUUUCUCAAAGUAUGAAUGUAACAGUUACGCAAGGCGUGAGAAGACCUGCAAACAAAAAUAAUUUAAACAAAAAUAAAAACUAAAUUGAGCAAAAUAUGUUGGCUUUGGUGGUGACAGAAGAAAAAAAACAUUGAACUAUUAGAAAAGGUUAAAGAAACAAUGAUUUAAUGAUAAAAAAACUAACAACUAAGAGUAAAUAAGAAAUACCUAUACCAAUCGUGAUAGUAGAGAAGUAAAGAUACAAAACGAACACAUGGAAAGUGUGUGGGAUACAACAAAACUAGUAAUGCAAAAAAAAACAAGUGUGUCUCGAUCAUCGGGUGAAGACGCACGGUUUGUGCGUGCAUCGUAUGACGGACAUUGUGCAUCGUAUAAAUCGUAUAGAAAGAUAAACCAUUUGCAAGCAACUGUGUACAGAAAAAUCUUAAUCGUUGCGAUUUAUUCAAUAAAUCUACUUAUCAUUUCUUCAUCUUAUCGCUGCCAAUCGAAAAUCAAUCAUUUCGUGCGGCACAAAAAAAAACAAAAAACAAACAUCUGGAUGUGUGGAGUCAAUAUGGAUUAAACCGUGCUGUCAUUUAAAUAAAUAUAAAUCAAGCAAAACUGAACAGUGGAUAACAUUUCAAUAAGAUUAUGAGAUGAAGAAGAAAAAACUAUGCGGAAGUUACGCAACACGAAUACCGAGUGGAUUCAAUGCUUCUGCGUCUAACCUAAUAGCGAUGUUUAUCGAUAAAAAUGAAACAAUACCUAUGUAAACAUAGUACAUUAUAUAAAACAAGGAUAUGAAGAAAUAUCUCUAGAACAAACAAACAAAAAAAAAAGAGUAAAAGCUUGUUUCAUGCCAUGUUUACAGCAGAAUGAAACAAGUUUUAUAGAAGCAAAAUAAGCGAAAAAAAUGAAACAUUUUUAGAUGGUAACAGUAACGAUUAAUUCAACCAUUUAUUGCCGUACGUAUAAAACAAAACAAAAUAAAAAUAAU